AUGACAGGUACACUUGUGCCACAAAAGCAGGCACUGUGGAUUCUUGUUGUGGUUUUGAUCAUCGCUGCAGCUGCAGAGGUCACUCCUUGUCCAAAAGGGGGUCGGAUCCACCUGGCCAGCCUGCGAUGCUAUUGGCUCUCUGAGAGGACAUCCUCAUGGCCUGAGGCCCAGGAUUCAUGCAGAGAAACUCUGGGAGGAGAUCUGGCAUCCGCUGGCAGUCUGGAGCUGCAAAACUUCAUCCAUUACUCGUUUCCACUGAAAACCACUGUGUGGAUAUGGCUGAAGAGAUCGGAGGGAGGAGGUUCUGACCAGAUUGUGGAGCCAGUCAGUCCUGCAUGGUGGGCCGGAGGCGGUGAGAGUCAGGGGGGGUGUACACAGAUGGCCUUGGGGACACGGGGACAGUGGAGGAAGGCUCAGUGUGUUGGACAACACCGCUUCCUCUGUGAAAAAAAAGUAACUGAGUCUUUACCUUCUGUGGACAGUUACCUGACUGGAUUGGUUCUCAUGAGCGGCAUCUAUUCUCAGACCCAGAUACAACCCUUUCCCAAUGUCCCAGACAUCGGACAGCUCACCGUGGAGAUGCAGCUGUUCCCAGGGAUGUGGUUCAGUCAUGCAGGUCAGUUGGUAUCAGUGGAGCUGGUGGUCCAGCCCAGCUCAGUGUCGUCUCUUGCCCGUGUCCAGAUCCUCCGACCCUACUGCAACCCCAACCACCACCUGGUGCCUCCAGGUUGCAGCUCUCUCCUCAAUCCAUUCAGCUGCUGCUCGGCUGUACCGCUGUGUAACACCACAGGGGGCUGCAGCAUGGGCCAGUACUGGUGCCACCUGCUGGAGGCCUGCGUGCCCACCACCAGUCCCUGCAGUCCCUUCGACUCUGCAGCAGUGGCCCGCGGCUUUGCUUUACCGCCCAGAUACCUCGCAGUACCCCCCUUUUACCACCUGGUAGCAGACCUGCCUCUGAGCAUAAACCCUAGCUCUGAACUAAACACUUUAAGCCUGCUUCUUCCGGAUCGAGGGAUAAUGGUGUACCCUGAUGAUAUUGUGGCUAUACAACACACUCGCGACUCUGGUACCUUCCUACAUUGCCUGAACAGUGAGGCCUCUUUGAACUCCCCCUGGCGCCAGAGUUACGUGUCCCUUAGGAGGACAGAGUGGGGAGGCUGGUGGGAGGGGGGCCUCACCUCCCUGCCCCAAGGAGGCCAGUGGGUGGACGGGGUGGUGUGUGAUCUGAGGAUGCUGUACGUGGACAAUCUUCACAGAGCUACAGAGCACGAUGACGGCUUCACCCACAGAGAGACAACCACGGCCCCAGAUGUUUGGUCCCUGACAACUGGUCCUACUCCGAGUGUGAGAUCUCAAUUUGGGCUUAACGUCAUCCACCCUGUGCCGGAUGAAAAGAACCAGAUCCAUGUCCAAAUCAACGUCCCAACACUCAUUGUUGUCAAGGUACUGUCUGGAGAGAAAGCCAGCAGCUCAUGGUCAGCCCCAGUUCUCCAGACUGGGGUCCCCUUCCUUCCAUCUUGCCCAGAAGAGGUGGCUCAGUCUUGGGCUGGCGGUGAGAUGCUGUCCCGUGAAGCCUGGUUCUCCUCUGUGACCCUGGUGUUGCCCUCAGUCGGGCUUCAAACGCUGAAUAUCAGUGUGAUGGAUGCAGUAAGGUCUCAGAGUGUGAGUGUGAGGGUUUGUGGCUACGAAGCGGUGACAGGGCUAAGUGUUGAGCCACACGGAUGCUGGAGGAUGCUCGUAGACAUUUCCCAGUCAUUUAUAGCCAAAGUGGAGAGUGGUUCCUCAGUAAAUUUCACAUGGGUGAUUGACAACCUGGAGAAGUUUGCCCAUGAAGAAGAAUCUUACAGUGUGGUGUUCAAGAAACCUGCUGAGUAUAAGCUCAGGAGCCAACAACUCCUCCUGACUGCUGAUGAAAUGACCCCACUGGCUGAGCCAGAGUUCCUGUUAGUCAAGGAGGUCGUAGCUGUGGAUGCUGCACACCUCUACACCCUCAGGGUCAAAGUGGACAUCUCCCUGCCAGUCACCUUCAGAUGGGAUUUGGGGGAUGGAAGUAGCAAGGUGAUCAACAACCACUCUGCUCCAUGUCAGACCAUGGAAGGUCUUAUGGCUAGAGGAGAUAAGCAAGUAUAUGUCGUGGACUCUGUGAACUAUACCUAUCCCAUCCCAGAUGACUACACACUUCAAGUCCAAGUCUCCAACCAAUAUGACAAUACAGAUGUGUCAUUGAAGAUAAGAGUCCGCCCGCAGUUAAAUCACCUCCUCAUUUCCUCUUCCCUUCCCGUGCCCCUUGUCAAACAAACUCUCCUUCUGGAAGCUUCCGCAGAGCCCUCAACCUACGCUGUUGUCUACACAUGGGACUUUGCUGAUGGCUCUGAAGCUGUACAAGGCUCCCACAUUAGGGUCAGCCACACUUUUGCAUCUGCAGGAGUUUAUAACAUCACAGUAUGUGCCAACAACACUCUUUCAGUCCUGACCACCUGGCUCAUGGUGGAAGUUAUGGAGAACAUUUCUGGAUUAACUGUCAGCUGCAACGGACCCAGUGAACUAAGCUCUGCAACUGAUUUCAGAGCGACAGUAGCAACGGGUACGAGUCUCACGUGGAAUUUUGACUUUGGUGAUGGGUCCCUGCAGGGGAACUGUACGGAUGGUUCCAUCUCCCACGUCUAUAAAUCACCAGGGAACUAUACAGUAGAGGUAACUGUCUCCAAUUCCCACAGCCACGCUCAUCAGUCUAUCAGUGUAGAAGUCUAUAGAUUGGCUGUUAGGGGAGUUCUCCCUACAGAAUGUGUCAUGAGUGGAAGUGACAUACAGCUUAGCGCUCAGGUGAAUGGGGACAUAUCCAUUCUGACUUUCCAUUGGCUGUUUGGAGAUGGAUCACCGCUGAGUGUAGUGAGGGGUCAGUCAACAGCUAUUCACACAUUUCAAAGCCAAGGGAUUUCUUAUAUCAGCCUGACUGUGUUUAGUUCUGUUACAUCUGUAUCAUUUAAUUCAAGUAUUUGUGUUGAAGCGCCAAUAACCAACGUGACAUUGCUGGCUUCACAGGAAGUAGUAGCAGUAGGAGAAGAGGCAUGCCUCAGGGUGUUAGUUUCCCCUGUACAGAUGAAUGGUAACCGAUUUAAAUGGUUUAGCAGCCCAUCUAGUCUCAUUGCCGUGACAGAAAACGCUCAAAACUGUUUUAUCUUUAAAGACGAAGGUGUUGAAGAGGUAUCAGUAACGGCAAGUAACAAAGUCAGCAACAAAACAGCCAGGGCUUGUAUCACCAUUCAAAACCCUGUGAGUAAGCUGUCUGUGGCGCAUGAUAGUGAAAGUGGCACGCUGACAGUGAAUACAUUACUGUCCUUUUGGGUGGCUAGUUGCACUGGCAGCAAUGUGUCAGUGCUGUGGGACUUUGGAGAUGGAUCGCCAGUGGAACAGAGGCUAAAUGUGUCACACGUCUUUACUUCAGCGGGUCAUUUCACAGUCACUGCCACAGCAUUUAAUGCUGUUAGCCGUGCUUCUGUGCCACUUAAAGUCAAUGUUUUACUUCCAAUUUCAGACAUUUCACUUCACACCAACCAGCCUUAUGCUGUAGUGGGGGAGGAAACUAUUAUCUCAGCAAUUAGCAGUGCUAUCAGUAGCACCAACUACUACUGGACUGUUGAUGGUAUAACCUCAACCAAACAGGGGACUUAUCAGUUUAGAUUUGCUUUCCUGAAAGCAGGAGUUUAUCAAGUGAGGGUUAUAGCACAGAACUUGGUGAGUAGAAAGGAAGCAGCUAUUUUGAUAGAGGUCUUUGAAAGAAUAGAGGGUCUUCAGAUCGAAUGUCAGAGCCUGACAAACAUGAAAUACGUACCAACCCAUGAGGAACUGCUGUUUACUGCUUCAAUCGCCAAGGGCUCCAAUGUCACUUAUCACUGGCUUGCUACACAGAGCAGAAUAAACCGACAAAUCUCUGGUGAUGGAGAGCUUUUUCAUAUGUUAACUGAAACUCCUGGUGGGAUUUCAGUUCAGCUAAGAGCUAGUAACAAGUUGGGUGAGGCCACCAGCAUUGUUUCUUUAGUGGCAGUACAGAUUGUAAAAGGUGCAUGCAUUACAACACAAUCAAACAUUGUGGCAUUAGGGAAAUCAGUGAAUAUCUCUGUAGCCGUGGUUACCGGGUCAGACCUACAGUACUUUUGGUAUGUGAAAUCAGAUCUUACACCCCUACAGACCCAAGUGCCCUUUCUUCUCCACACUUUUGCAAAUGUUGGCAAUUGUCUUGUUAAAGUUUCAGUUCAGAAUGUCCUCAGUCACAGCAAUGUCACCGAAGAGUUUAAUGUGCAAGAGAUGGUCCAAGAAGUUGACUUUGAAAUUGACGGAAAGAUGCAUCCCUUUCAUGUCACAACAAGUGCUGCCGUUCAACUCCAUGGGCGUAUUCAGAAGGGUAGUGAUCUGCACUGGAACUGGAAAGUUAGAGGUGCUAUGCUUUUAAAUGCAUCUAAUCCGACCUUUAGCCACACCUUUCCAUUAGCAGGCAUCUAUCAGGUGUCUUUGAAUGUCUCCAAUGGGAUAAAUUGGCAGAUUGUUUCACACAGUGUCGCAGUUGAGGAUGCAAUCAAAGGACUAAGGCUGAACAUUUCCGAGUCUUCCUUCUGCACCAAGGAAGAAGUAAUUUUUAUUCCAACAAUCUCGAAAGGAAGCAAUGUGAGCUUUGUCAUAACAUUUAAAAACAAAGACUGGAUUCAUAGCCAGGACAUUCUUGAAGGGCGUUUCACCACAUCAAGCCUUCCAGCAGGGACACAUCUAGUUACAGUGAAAGGUUGGAACCACAUCAGUAGUGUGGAGGUAUCUUCCAGCAUUCUGGUCGCUAAUCAUAUUGAAGGUUUGCGACUUGUGAACUGUUGUUCUGAUCCUCUAGAGGCUCUGAAGGGAAUCCAGUUCAAGGCAGAAGUUCAAAGUGGUUUUCCAGUCGACUACACCUGGAUAUUUCACUUGGUGGGGUCCGAGCCCACCUGGCUCACUGGACAAGAAGUGAUCUUUGCUCCACCAGAGAGUGGUUCAUUGUCUGUUAGCGUGCUCGCCGCCAAUGGAAUCUGCUCCAAAACAGUGAAUGAUACUGCCAAAGUUCAGUGGCCUGUUAAGAAGGUCAAGCUUGUCUGUCAUUCAGAGAGAAUAUUUGUUGGACAUGCUGUCAGGUUUUCUGCAAUAGUGAAUGGAGGGAGCAAUCCCAGAUAUAUCUGGUACUUUGGAGACUCCGCUGAAGCAUUUGUGACAGACUUGAGCACAGUCAAUCAUACUUAUUAUAUACCGGGGAAAUACAGUGUAAUGGUCAAAGUUCUCAACAGUGUCAGCAAUGUGUCCACACAACUACACAUGGAGGUGGAGGAGCCCCAGUGUUCCAGCCCUCAAGCUUCUAUUGUCCAGAGCCAGCCUACUAUCUUCAGGUCUAGACAGAGCUACUUUGAAGCAAGCGUGGACAUUAACUGCUCUGCUUACAAAGCCACAUACUUAUGGGAGAUACUCAAAGGGUCAGAUUGCACUAAUUUGGAACUCUCUGGUAACAAAGUUUCUCUUGGGAGUCAGGUAGAUGCAACUUCCCCUUUUCUCUUACUCCCGAAGCAUACUCUCGAUAUGGGACAGUAUUGCCUCGUAUUCACCGUUUCCCUCCAGGGAACUCCUCUACUUGUCAGACGAAAAACCAGCAUUACAGUGAUCCGCUCAACACUGGUAGCUGUCAUCAAGGGAGGAUCACACAGACUGUGGCCUAGCCUCAGUGACCUCGACCUAGACGGAUCGGAUUCCCAAGACCCUGAUUUAGAGCCAGGAGUGGAGGAUACACUGCAGUACCACUGGACCUUCAUGAUAGUGGUCACUGUGUGUGAAGCUCCUGUGCUUCCUGUAUUUGUGGAGUGUGUGUCCUGCUCUGUCCUGUCCUCCCCUCACCACAUUGGUUACAACAGCCCCAUCAUCCUCUCUGGACAAUGUGGACAGUGUGAUGACCAGGCUCAGUACAAAUGGAGUGCUGAGGACAAAACCGGCGUGACCCUUGACCUUAACGAGGCUUCCACCUCUACAGGGAGACAUUCUCCUAACUUGAUGGUGCGUUCAGGUGUGCUGCAGGCAGGGCAGAGUUAUACCUUCACUCUCAAUGUAUCCCAGCCUGGCAAAGAGCUGUGGGGCAGCGCCAGUCUGACAAUACUACCUAACAAUCCGCCACACGGAGGCCUGUGUGAUCUCAGUCCAGAGUCAGAUAUACGUCUGCUGGAGACGGUGGUCACCUACAACUGCUCAGGGUGGCAAGAUGAAGAAAACAGGGCCUCUCAGCUGAUCUAUACCUUCCAGGCAGCACCAUGCCAGUCUACUGGCACGCUAUGCCCCCUGCUCACUCUGUACAGGGGUACUCGUUCAACAUUUGGCAGCCUGGUUCCAAUGGGAAUUCCUGGGCGAGAAAGAAAUGCGUCAGUUAUCACCGUUACACUGCUGGUAGAGGACCACCUGGGGGCAAAGGUCAUUGCUCUGAACAGAGAGUUGACAGUUGAAACUCCUUCAGGGGACGGAGUUGCCAGUGAGUGGCUGAGAAACAAGAGCCGGACAGAGCUGUGGGCUUUGGUCCAACAUGGCAACCCUCAAGAGAUCAUACCUUAUUCCAUUGCCCUCACCAGCCAACUCAAUCAGAUGGAGACUGGACGGACUGCCACGGAGCUCAUGGACAGGAUGGAGAUCCGCGGGAAGGUGACCCAAGCCCUGGCCUCUCUCCCCCUGUCCUCCUUCCUGAAUGUGGAUCAGAUCAGCUCUGCGUUGUCACAGGCUACUGCCGUUCCCAGUGAAUUGCUCUGUGAAAAGUGCCAUCAGAAGGUCCUGGAAGCUGUGGGGAAGAUGAUCCAUGUCAUGGAGGAACACAUGAGUCCUGGUGUUUGGUCAGCUCUGGAAACAGGAAGGAACAUCCUUAACAUCAUAGGUAGCACCCUGGUGGCUGUGUCUGAGUCCGUCAGUGCUUCCAGUUCUCACCCAUCCUACUCCAGCACUCUGCAGUCAGCUCCUGCAAUCACCCUGUCGGCACUGGGUCACGCUGGUGCUCUAAUGCGCUCUCUGAUGCAUUCACGUGUUCAUGGCGAGGCGCCCCUUUCGCUCACCACUCCUUAUAUCAACACAGUGGGUUUCCAUGGAGACCCCUCCGACCUCCUCUGUACUCAUCAGUUCAGCCAAAACCAGAUUGUCCCCCCUCAGUCAUCAGCAGCUGACGGAUCAAAGAUUUCUCCCCAGUGUCAGUUCCAUAUCCCCACCUCCCUCACCGCUCACCUGAAGAGUCAGAAGUCAGAGGUGGUGCAGGUUCUGUUUGGUAUGGAUGCUGGGUUGGGAUCCAACCCACUGCUGACUGUGGCCCACCCUCCGAUUUCCACCGCUCUGGUUGCCAUGGAGCUUACCACGCCUCAGGGCCAACCCAUACCCAUCCAGGAUCUGGACCCCACACAGGCCAUACGGGUCACCCUGCCCAACAGAUACCCUGUGGGACCAGACGAUGGGGGUGGAGAUGUGAGGGUAGGUGAUGCUGGGAAUGGGACGUGUCUUACUGUGACUCUCCCCAACGAAGGGAGGUUGAACCUCACGGUCAAAGCUGUGGAUGGACUGGAUGAAAACGCAGGUUUAUAUAUCUCCUUCACCUUCAGUCUGGACCCAGGAGCUACUCCAGUGAGUCUGGGACAUGUCAAGAUAGAAGUGAGCUCUACAGUGCCGGGGUCUAAUGCAUCCCAGGAUUCCCUAGUGAGAGUGUGGGCUCUCAGUCUCUCUGCUCCGACCACCUCCACAGAGGAAACCAUAUUCCUGUCCCCCCUCUCGCUGUGCCGGUACUACAGUGUGGAGGAGAGGCGUUGGAGCAGUGAGGGUCUGCGGCCUGUGGAGGGCAGCACGCUCCACGCCGCACACUGUCUCACCCAGCACCUCACCAUGUUUGGGGCCAGCUUGUUUGUUCAUCCUGGGGCUGUUGUUCUGCUGCCACCGCCAGGCGGUCCCACGCGUAACAUGGUGGUGGGGAUUGUGUGUGCUGUCCUGGUUCUGAUUCACCUGCUGGUGGGGCUAAUCGGCCAUAAACUGGACCACUUGGACAGCUUGAGACUCAGCCAGGUCCCUCUGUGUGGCCGACCGGGGCUGUACCAUUACAGAGUGCUGGUCAAGACCGGCCUGAGGCGAGGAGCAGGCACCACAGCACAUGUUGGCAUCAGUCUGUACGGCGUGAACAAGAGCGGCUCCCGCCAUCUGCAGAGGGAUGGGGCUUUUCAGCGUGGCAGCCUGGACCAGUUUCACCUGGAGACGGAUGAUAACCUGGGAGAAGUUUGGAAAAUUCGUAUCUGGCAUGAUAACACAGGUCUGGACCCGUCCUGGUACGUUCAGCACGUGGUGGUUUGGGACCCUCAGACAGACCACAUGUUCUUCUUCCUGCUGGAGGACUGGCUCUCUGUGGAGAAUCAGAAGAACGGCUCUGUGGAGAAAGAUGUUCUGGCCUCAUGUCCCAAGGAGCUUUCUGGGUUCCGACGGGUCCUCACCUCCCAGCUGACGUUUGGGAUGGUUGAGCACCACCUGUGGCUGUCCCUGUGGGAACGUCCGGCCCACAGCCGUUUCACCAGGGGUCAGAGGGUUACAUGCAGCGCUCUCAUGCUGCACCUCUACAUGGCCCUGGGGGCUCUGUGGUACGGAGCUGUUGGCACAGAGGGGCACAGUGGACCGGUGUCAGCCCAGCUGCUGGUUAACGCGGAGGCGGUUGCCGUGGGGAUGACUGUUGCUGUACUGGUGUUUCCUCUCCAGUGUUUCCUGUGUUUCCUGUUUAGAAAAGCUCACAGUCAGGUAACCGUGGACAUAUCAGUUCCUCCUUCUCCUGUUUGUCACUCUGUGGAGAUGGACAUUUACCUUGGCCAAUCGGCGCUCUCCAGAUCCUCCUUCCUGUCUCUGCCAGACUCCUCCGGCCGAGCGCGGGACAGCCCUUCAUCUUUACUGGAGAGCAAGGCGUUUGACUCCAGUAUUCUGGACUUUUGGGCUGCAUCUUGCUUGGCGCCCAAGACAGAUGGAUCAUGUCAAGAGGAGGGCAUAGGCACAUGGCCGUCCUGCGACAGCCUCCUCAUUCUACCAGAGGACCCAUGCCUCACCGAGACGCCCCCUGCCCCCAACCUCUGCAAGGCCUCACCUGCUCUGUGCCCUACACGCCAGCUGAGGAGAAAAAAGGCCUUGACGCAGCUCCGCCUGGCUUCGCCUCCCUCUCCUGACACACCUGCUUCUCUUUCUUGCUCAUAUCCUCUUUCAAAAAUAAUUUCCAGUUCUCACCAAUCCCCUGCUUCACUGGACAAAAAGGUCUACACCAUGAAACCUAUUGCAAACCCAUUGCAAGCUCACAACCACAAUCUGACAACAUUUCUGACUCUAUCUGAGGAGGAUCUACUGAUGUCCAUAGCAGCAGCAGCAGAGGACACAGCAGAUAUAACAAACAGCAACUCAGACAGCGGCUGGGAUUCCCCUAGAACCACCUCCUCGCUUUCAACCACCACCUCCUGCAGCAGCUGGUCAGAUCAGAGUGAGGAGAAGUCCCUGUACAGUGGAGAGAUCUACAAGCCAGAUCCACAGUCCUCUCCCGCCCUGUAUGGUGCAGGACUCUACAAGUGUCCCUCCACGCUAUCUGUAGACUCGGUGGCCAGCACCUUCCUGCCGAGCCCGUCUCCAGACUCCUCGCGCUCCUCCUUCACCACACGAAUAGGAGUUGCUCGGGGUCAGCCCAGCUGGCUGCUCCCUCCCUGGGCCCUGCGUGUGAUUUACCCCCUGGUGGCUUCGCUGCUGGUAGCUUGCCUAGCUGUGGUCGGACUCUACGGGAGCUUCCUGUCCAGAACAGUCGUCCUCAUGUGGCUUGUGUCCGCUCUCUCUGCCUUUCUGGCCUCUGCUCUGCUGCUGGAACCUCUCAAGGUGUGUGUGCAGGCGUUACUCUACACGGCACUGUGGAGGCCUGUGGAUCCAGAGGUGGAGGAGCAGCUGGCUCAGGAGAGCACUGUGGUGAGGGCGUUUGGGGAGAAAGGGGGGAAGGUCCGGCCACCAUGUGGCUACGGGCUGCUGCAGGCCAAAGAGGAGGCCCGCAAAGUGCGAGCUCUGCGAUCACUCAUGAGACACUGUGUGUGCCAGCUGUUCUUCCUGUUGCUGGUGCUGAUGGUGAACUACCAGGACGGCGUAGAGCAGAGGCAGGGCAGGCUGCUGCACUCAGCUGUCAGACGCCAUCUUCACACAGCCCCCCUGGGGGUCCCUAACCUCACCUCACUCACAGACUGGUCAGACGCAGAGCGGUGGAUCAACCACACCUUGGUGACACACCUGCACCAAAACCCUACACUGCGCCUUGUUGGAUCACCACGUCUGCAGUACGCUCAUCCUCUCAGUCCCGUGGAAAGUGUCUUUCUGGGAAACAGCAGUGUAACGACACGCCAGCUCCUAGCUGACUUGCACAUGGCAGAUUGGAGCAAGAAACAGAUUAAAACCCUUUCUAUAGAUUUCACACAUUACCACAGAGAGUCUGGUUUAUUUGUGUGUGUGUCCUUUCAACUGGAGUGGGCUCAUACACAGGGAGUCACCCCCUUUCUCUCCAUCCAUCCACUCCUCAUCCCAUCAUCCCUCUCUGGACUGGAUCUGCAGGCGGCACUUACGAUUCUCCUUCUCAUCUCUGCUCUCCUCAUCUUGUUCGGAGAGCUGUGGUGUAUGGCCACUGAGCGUUCCCAGUAUCUGCCUCAGUGUAGACACUGGUUCCAGCUUCUCCUGGCCUUGUUGUCCCUGGCAACGGCGAUCCUGCUGCUCUGCUCGCUGUCCCAGGCCACCUCCUGUGUUUCUAAGCUUCGAUCCCAACCAGACAGCUUCAUCAACUUCCACAGUGCUGCCCUCCUGGCACAGCGCUGUUCCCAGUGUGCCGCCGUCCUGCUCACUCUACUUGUUCUAAAGCUGCUGGGAACCCUGAGGUUCGUGCGGAGGUGGGUGGUGUUAGGCAGAGUGCUGCAGAGGGCCUGGAGGGAGCUGUGGGCCCUGACUGCCCUGCUGCUGUUGCUACUGCUGCUGUGCAUUCACCUCGGAAACACGCUCUUCUCCUGUUCAGUUGAAGGUUUCCUGUCAGUGCGUCAGACCGGGGUCUCAGUGCUGUCCAUCCUGCGUGGCCGAAUGGCCCUCAAAAUACUUUGCAGGGUCCACCCAGUCCUGGGCCCCAUCUAUGGGCUGCUACUGGUGGGGGGAGGUGUUUGGUUCUUAGCCAGACUCUGUGGAGCUGUUCUCAUCCGUUCAUACAGGGCAGAGCAGGCUGAGCUGUACUAUCCAACUAUUGAACCCCAGGACUAUGAGAUGGUGGAGUUCCUCAUUAAGAGACUCAAACUGUGGAUGGGACUCACCAAAGCCAAAGAGUUCAGGCACAGGGUGAAGUUCGAAGGUAUGGACUUCCCUCCUUCCAGGUCCUCGCAGGAAUCCCGUCUCUCCACCCUGUCUUCCAGCCUCCACUCUUCCCGCUCACCUUCCUUGUCCUCCUCAUUUUCAUCCCCCCGUCCCCUGUCCUCGUCUCUAUCCACGAGGUCUGAAGACUCGUCUACGUCCGAGGCUGGGUUCGACGUCCAGCCCUACCUGGACCGCCUGCUGCCCUGCGUCAGUGCACUGCUGUCUCGUUUCGAUCAGGUCAAUCAGAUAACUGAGGAUGUUCACGACCUGGAGGUGAAACUAGAGGAGGUUCAGACAAGGAGGAGGGAGAAGGGGAUCAGCAACAAGGACAGAGGUGGAGAAAUAUUCAGAGAAACGGCAAGGCCGCAGGAACUGGAAGGAGAAGGAAGGGAAACAAGAGAAGUGAGACACAGGAAGAUAGGUGUUCUUUACCCCAAGCCACGAGUAUCCCUUCCAUCCUCGUUGUCUUUCACCCCCUCCAAACCUUACUCCUCCGCCGCAUCGGUCUGCAGGUAUCCCCGCGCACGUAGCACCUACUCUGAGUCUGAAUCAGUGCCAUUCCAGCCUCGCACCUCCAGCAACAAACAUGCGUCUGAAGCAGCGAAGCUUGCAUCUGGAAUCUGUGGUUUGUAUCCUGCAGAUUCUCCUGGACACGCCGAGUUCCCCGCAGGAGAGCUUGGCAUUCUGGGAGCUCUCAUUCUGCUGAUGCAGCUGAGCGGAUCUUCCAGGCUCAAGGUGGAAUUGCUCCAGGUGUCAAAGGAGGAGACUAUUUAG